UCUGAAUGGGUCGUAAGGCCAAACAGAAUAUCCUCAACAUUACCUUCGCCAUGUAGUUCUCUACCGUUCUUCCAGAAGAGCGUUUCAGUGCGGCUCUGUUUCGAGAAUCGUAAUAUCGACAUGACGGAAACCAAGGAAGAGAAUAACUGCAACAGCACCAACAAAAGCAGCAAUGAAAUGGAGAAAAGAUCUAUAAAGUGGACGGCCGUCCUGUUUUAUAUCUAUCUUCACGCCUUUGGUUUGGCCGGAUUAUACUUUCUGUUCGUUAAAGCGAAAUGGCUGACAGUAUUCUACUUUAUAUUCCUCGUCACAAUCAGUUCCAUAGGACUGACAGCGGGUGCUCACCGAUUAUAUGCACACAACACUUUUGUCGCUACAUGGCAACUCCGACUCUUCAUAAUGCUAGCACAAACUAAGGCAGGCGUGGGUUCAAUAUAUGACUGGGUAUUUUGGCACAGAAUGCAUCAUAGAUAUUACGGCACCGAAAAGGACCCGUACAAUCAUAAGAAAGGAUUUUUUUAUUCCCACGUGAUUAGUAAUCUCUUAUCAGCACCCUCUGACUUGGAGACAUAUGCGAAAGACAUUGAUAUGCGCGAUGUGGAUAUGGAUGGAUAUGUUUGGACGCAACGAAAGUUCUACUGGAUAUUCUUCUUGCUCGGACUUCUGGUACCUGUCUACGUGACUAUAGAAUACUUGGAUGAAUCAUAUAUAAACUCGUUUUUAAUCAUUGGCGCAGCGCGAUUAUUGAUAACCACCAAUAUUUCUUGGCUAGUAAACAGCGCCUUAUUGGUUUGGGGCCUGAAGAAAGGAGACAAGUUCCCGGUCGAUGACAAUUCCGUCUUUUUCUUGUCGAAGAGUUACUGGCUGAAUUAUCAUUACGUGAUACCGUGGGACUGGAAAAAUGAUGAAUUCGGCACUUAUGAAACGGGAUUCAUCACGUUCGUCGUCAAGAUGUGGCGCGAACUCGGACUUAUUAAUCAGCUAAAGACCGCCACUAGCGACGAUGUGCGAGAAGCUCUCUACAAGAUCGCAACAUCGAAGAUGACGUUGAAUGAAGCUCUGGCGGAGAUAAAAGAGAACGCGGAAGAAGCUGCUUACAAGGAGAAGCUGAUAUAUCGCCAUUAGGAAAGCGAAUUCGCAUAGAGAAUAGCCAAACCUGCGCAGAUAGAUUCUGAGCAGAUUUUGCAGUAAAUUUUUCAUGUCAGAAAGGCAACAAAUUUCACACAGCUGCUGUAUCAGACGAUGUUGGCAAACUGUUGCCAGAAAUGCGAUAAAACUUCCUAACAUGACUUUAUCUUGCGUGGUUUCUAUUGCCAAUUUGUUCACAUUGCCUGUCGGCAGGCUUCGUGUUCGACAGAACACGAACUCAUUGCGAACACAGAUAGUUUUGGUGUAGAAUCUAAUCAAAUUUGUUGCAAAUUUGUGCGCAUGCUGCUAACAUUUUGUUUACUGGGUAAUUGUAGGACAAUUUAAAUCUCAAUUUAUAUUAAUCAUGAAAUUUCCUGUAUAUAUUAUUUCUUUUAUAAAUUAAGUAUAUGCCGCCUGAUAAAAUUUAUUGUCUAAUAAAGAACGAUACUCGCUAAA